UUAGAAAUCCUACCAAACCUUUCAUCCGAUUUCUUAACCUUGCUUAAAGAUUCAUAUAAUUAUGAUGUUAUCAUCAAAGUCAAGGAGAAAGAAUUUAAAGCACAUUCAAUUAUAUUAUAUGCUCGUUCAAAUUAUUUCAAGUUAUUGCUGUCGGAAGGAAGGAUAUUUAACGAGGAUAAUACCAUAUGUCUCAAAAUGACGGAAAUUGAUCCGACCGUCUUCGAAAUGAUCAUGAUUUAUUUAUAUACGGGAGUAAUGGAUUUUUCAAAUGUAGCGAACGAGACGAUAUUUUCCUUUCUACUCACGACAUUUAGAUUAUGUUUAUUCGAAGCUACAGCUUACACACAGUCUUAUUUAGUCGAUCAUGCAAAGUCAUGGAUUCAAAUGAAUUUUUCCACAGUAUUAAAUACGGUAUUUAAGUUGGCAAAUUGUAGAAAAUUACAAAAUUAUUGUGUAAAGUAUUUAUGCUUGGAAGCAAAGUCAUUCUUUUCAUCAAGAGAUUCAUUACGACUUAGCAAGAGUAUAUUAAGCUUAAUCUUAGAUUUAGAUAAUUUAUACAUUGAAGAGAUAGAUUUAUGGGAUUACCUACUCGAAUGGGGAAUCACUCAGAUUCAUAAUAAUUUUAGUCAUAAAUUUAAUAAAACCAUCAUCUUAUCAAAAUGGAACAUUAUUCAAUUUGGAGAGGCUUUGAAGAAAACUUUGGAUCCCUUGAUUUAUAGAAUAAGGUUUAGAGAAAUUAGCCCGGAUGAUUUUUAUGAAAAGAUCAAACCUUACAAGUUAAUUAUACCAACCGACAUAUAUGAAGAUUUAAUGUCAUAUUACCUUAUUGGUACACCCACAAAAAUAGGAAUGCCUUCACUUCCAAGAAGAGGAAAGAUUAGCAGGAUUCUGCAAGGUGGUAAAAAUUCUAUUUAUGAUUGUGAUGAUUUUAACCUAAUAUUAUAUUUUGGUAAUGGCGAUUUGAUUUUAGAUGGUGUUAAUGGAAUUUGUGAUAAAUCUGAUUAUGAAUUUUGUCUUUUAAAUGAUGAUGAAAAAUGUUUUGAAGCCGAAGAGCUGGAAAUUUUUAGUACUUAG